CUUUUUUACGGCAGCUCUGGCACACUGCUUGCUGCACUUGCUAGCUGCUCCCAGCCCUGUUCUCCCGCCAAGGUCCCUCUCCCGUCCCGGCUACGUAAGGUUCCUCUCACUGAGUCCCCUUCACUUCAGGUGCUCAGGCAGGCGUCAAAGAGGGUAAAAGGUACUUCUAUUCACGUACCUGCCACCUUUACCUACCAGAAUUACCGGACCCCAUCGUCACCCUCACACCCAUCCUACAAAAGGCCAGCUCCGCCCAGCCUGUCAAUUGUGCUUCUACAAAUCACAGCUCCAGACACCAAAAUCUCCCCUCGCCAAGAACGACACCUCUCAACAACACCACCGAAGAAGUCAGUUUGGGCUUCCGAGUGUAUUCAUCGCACGACACAUCUCUCCCUGUAUCUACGGAGAGCACACGACCACAAUCCUCUUUUCCUAACUAGCUGUUCCGGGAGCUGAAGCUUUCCCCGCACCAGUCAAGAUGACUCUCUACUACACUCUCGUGUUUAUGCUGCUCAUGGCGGAGAUGGGGCUUUUCAUGCUCCUUCUGGUGCCCCUUCCCUUCGCCGUCAAGCGGAAGUUGUUCACCUUCAUCUCCGAGAGUCCAAUCGUUGCAAAAGUGCAGUAUUGGAUGAAGAUUACAUUUGUCUUCAUCCUGAUUCUGUUCAUUGACAGCGUCAACCGCGUUUACCGCGUGCAGGUCGAGCUGGCGAUUGCCACUGAGAACCAGAACAGCGGUGCUGCCGUCAUGGGCCACGAGCGCCUUGAGGUGCAAGCCCGCAAGUUCUACUCCCAGCGCAACAUGUACCUUUGCGGCUUCACCCUCUUCCUCUCCCUCAUCCUCAACCGCACCUAUGUUAUGAUCCUCGAGGUGAUGCGUCUGGAGGACAAGGUCCGCGGCUACGAGGGCACCAAGGGCAGCGCCAAGGAGAGCGAGAAGCUCGCCGUUGCCGGUGAUGCUGGUGAGCUCGCUAAGCUCCGCAAGCAGCUCGAGGAGAAGAACCGCGAUCUCGAGACACUCAAGAAGCAGAGCGCCGGUCUCCACAAGAGCUACGACGAGCUCUCUGACCAGUACGCCACCACUCAGCCCAAGGGUGACAAGAAGGCGCAGUAAAUCAGCAAAAUGGAUACAGAUAUUCGAUUCAAUGAAAUGUGCUUGCACGAACGAAAGCGCCGCCUGACGGCGGCACAAAAAGGGGUUGGUGGACGAGCGACAGAAUAGCUCCGGGUCGAUGGCCCGUUUCACUGGUGUAGAGGCGUACGUAGGAAGCCUGGAUGGCGUUAAGCUAUAGCUAUAAUAAAGCUUCUCCUUUUGACACAUCUCAUUCCGUAUGCUCCUAGACUCAUUUACUCUCCCAAAGGCCUUGAGCCGAGUAGGUAGGGAAUUUGAUUUGCCCCAGCUUGCUAGAU